CCGCAGUACAGACUUUUGCAUAAUGCGUAGUGCAUAAACGAAUCAACUAAUCUUUCUUUUCCUCCUAUUCCAUGAGAAAGAAAGAUUCAAUUAGUUGAUUUCCUUGCACUAUGCAUGAUGCAUUAAGUGUGUUAUGCAAGAGUGCAAGUCGCGGCCAUUAGAUAUUAAGUCGCCAUUAGAUCGCCGAAAUCAUCACAAUUGUCUAAGGAUUAAAGUACAAAGCAUAUACCAAAGUGAUGAAAAUAAUAAUGUAAUAAUGAUGUACAUACAAUUAAUUAUUACAUGAUAUCAAAAUCAAAUAGAUGAAGUAUUAAACGAUGAUAAUUAUAAAAAGAUACCGCUGGUUCACUGGAGUUUUGAGAUUAUUAUCUCAGGACACAUAUUCCAACUUCAAGCUAUUAAACUACACAGCCAUGAAUUUUAGGCCAUGUAUAAAGGUUUAUAGUUCCUCUGCAAUACAACACAAUAAAUAUAAGAAUGAAACGAAUCCCAAUAUGCAGAAGAAUACUUAUUCUUUGUUGAAAAUAGAAAAUAUAUCGGCUCAUGUCAAGUCAGUAAGUUUACAACAAAAUAGAUAUUUAAGCAUUGCUGCAAAGCUAGUCAAUAAUGCCUCACCUAAGGUGCAACCAUACAUGAAGCUUAUGAGGAUAGAUAAACCAACAGGAAGCUGGCUACUAUUUUGGCCUUGUGGAUGGAGUAUUGCAUUGGCGGCUCCUGCCAGUUCCUUACCAGAUCUCUAUAUGUUAGCACUUUUUGGUAUAGGUGCAUUUAUAAUGCGUGGUGCAGGAUGCACCAUAAAUGAUAUGUGGGAUCAGGACAUUGACAAAAUGGCAGAGAGAACGAAGGAUAGACCUUUGGUAAUAGGUCAAAUAACGCCAAAACAAUCGCUAAUAUUUCUAGUUGGACAGUUGAGUCUGGGAUUGCUUAUAUUAUUACAAUUAAAUUGGUAUAGCGUAUUUCUUGGUGCCAGUUCAUUAGGUCUAGUAAUAAUGUAUCCCCUAAUGAAACGAAUAACGUAUUGGCCACAAUUAAUUUUGGGAAUGACUUUUAAUUGGGGUGCUUUAUUAGGAUGGUCAGCUAUACAUGGAUCAUGUAAUUGGUUGAUUUGUUUGCCACUUUAUGUAGCUGGUAUUUGCUGGACUAUUCUGUAUGACACGAUAUACGCUCAUCAAGAUAGAAUAGAUGAUAUUCGGAUAGGUGUGAAGUCAACCGCCAUAAAAUUUGGAGAAAACACAAAAUUUUAUUUGUCUGGUUUUGGAAUAGUAAUGAUUGCUAGUUUAAUUACCUCUGGUAUAUUAACUACUCAAACGUGGCCUUAUUAUACUGCCCUUGGAUUAAUUGCAGCGCAUAUUAACAACCAGAUAUAUACUCUAAACAUUAACAAUCCUACAGAUUGUAUGAAAAAAUUCGUAUCCAAUCAAAAUCUAGGCAUGAUAUUAUUUAUUGGAAUUGUAUUAGGAAAUUUAAUGAAAAAAUCAAUAUUGGAAAAAGAGAAUGAAGUCAAAGAAACAAGGCAUCAAGAUAUUGUAUUGAAUGAAAUAAAAAAUAGGCAUAAUUUAUAAUUCAGUAAGAAUUUUAAAUACCACUUUUUAAUUAAAAUAAAAUUGGAUGAAACAAGAUAGAUGUUAUAAAAAUAUAAAUUCUACUUAAUUCAUAUGUGUUAAAAUUUUCAAACGCUAUAAUUUCAAAUAAAUAUUUUUAUAUUUAAUUGGAAUAGACAUUAUAAAUAAAGCAUAUUUUUUAUACUUUUAAUCGUAACAUCAAUAUGGUUUAAUCAUUUUCAUGGUUAUAAAAUAAGAAAAUUUCUUACAGCUGAAGAAACUUAGUAUUACAAAGUAGAGCAAAAUGUGAUUUUUAGUUAUAAUAGUAAAAUUCAUUUCAUUAUAUAAUAAAAUCUAUUAUUGUGUUUGUGAUAAUAUUCAUAAUAAAUCAUUUUGAAGUAAAAUUAAAGAGACAUUGAAACAAGAAAAUUAUGUC